GCGAUUUAGAUGCACCUUCCAAAUGGUGGGAAACAUUGGAAUCCGCUGGGGGACAGUGUUGGCCACAAUUGCGCUAGAUCGCAUUAAAGACACAUCGUCCGCGGACCGAUGUGUUUUUUCCAAUCAACUGUCCUUUUUGGUAUCACGGAAAAGGAGCAAACGUUUAUCAACAUCGCGGAAGAGGACGAUCCCGUUUGCACGCCCUGUGGUCCUGGCGUCAUUUGUCCCUUCUCCUCCAGCAUGGCGACCCUGAGCAAUGGCACAGCACCACUGGGAGCAGCCUUUGUUCCUCAGAUCGCUCCGGGGCAUUUCAGCACGAAGGAGGCUCCCUUAUCGGUCUUCAAAUGCGAAGAUGAGGCGCAUUGCCCUGGCGGACGCCCCGGCACUUGCGCUUCCGAGCUCUUGGGUGUCCCCUGUGCCGAGUGCAUUUCGGGCCAAACAUGGAUAAACGGCGAAUGUGUUGGAUGCGGUGCUGGCACCAUUGUCCUGUGGGUGUUCUUCAUGGUGCUCUUCUUUCUGACCUUGCCAGCGGUCUACUAUGCUGGCAACCAGCCAGUGGUUGCAAAGGUGUCCAUACGACAGACGAUUGGCAUGUCCGUUGGCUUGGUCGUGGCCUUGCUCCAGACCCUGGCCAUCAUCGGGCUGAUGACGGUCGAGUGGCCGGGCAGCUUCCAAGGAAGCACCGAUUGGAUGAAAGCUUUCCUUUUAGAUGUUGAUUCCUUCUCCUUUGCCUGCAUUGGCGGCACAUCGGCUCCGGUCCGCUACAUUCUGACCGUUUUGGUCUUUCCCACGGGCAUCGCAUGGCUUUGCCUCUGCCGGGCUUGCUCUGCUUGGUUGCCCAACAGCCUCGCCCAGCUGCGAUGGGGCAACAAUGAGACACUCAACACCAUGGGGCACUUUCUUCAAGUGAGCUUUGGCCCAAUGAGUACCAUCGCCUUGCAGUGCUUGAUGUGCUACACUCAUCCCAAUGGGGCCCACAGCUCCUGGGAGGAAGAUGCGGGGUGCGAGGAGAAUUUGGGCAACGGCGACACUCCAGCUUGCUGAAGUAUCCGGCAG